CCCGUCGGAAGCACAAAUCCUCAUGGAGGCAUACGAGGAGGUAAAAGAUAUAAUUAAGAAGAAAGGCAACACCGCCACAGUGAUAAAGCAAAGAGAAAAAGCGUGGCAAAGUAUUGCAGACCGCCUGAAUGCAUUAAACAUGAACGGGCCAAAACGGACAUGGCAGCAGGUCAAAAUCAAAUACAAGAACAUUCUGCAGAAUGCAGUGAAAAAGAAUACCCACAGACAAGGCACGGGUGGUGGGUCACCAAAGGCUGACCUUACCCCAGCAGAGGACAUGGCCUUGGAGCUAAAUAAAGGCAGGCCCGUCUUAGAGGGGAUCCCUGGGGGGAAAGAGACGAGCAUAGGUUCCUCCCAAGAUGCCACCCGCUUCAUUCAAGUGUCUGGCAGCACUGUGUUCCUGUUAGAGCCACCAGCACAAGCACCAGACGAUGCUGAUCCAGGUGAAAGCCCCAGUGCAGCAGCAACAGCACAUGAUGGAGACGAUGAUGAGGAGGAGACCAUCUCUGUGGAUUCCAGAAGGCAUGAGGACCCAGAUGCUAUACAGUGGGAAAACCAGCCUGGCAACAUAAGCUCACAAGCUAUCAGAAAGUUGUAUGGCAACCACCUCCGGCGCCAAAUAGAACUGGCAGACAUAGACAUUCAGUACAAGAAGAAAAAGAUAGAAAAUCUUGCACUGGAGUCCGAAAUAAAAAAGAGGACAAUUAGGAAACUGGACCUUGAAAUAAAAAAACUUGAGAGGGAGGUGAGAUAUGCCUUCAAUGUACACUGUAUGCUAACUGUAACACAAAUGUAUUAAUCAUUAUUUUUCUUUCCUCCCCCAGCUCCAAGAAGAUGACACAGCUCAAAA